AUGGGUCUUUGUGGGUCGAAGGAUGAUUCCACAACUUCUGAUUCGAAUCAGGUAAAUGAGAAGACCAGAAAUCGCUCGAAUUUGAAGUCCGGUAAACUAGCCAAAUCUGGAAAAGAUUCCGGCACAACUACGUUGCAGCAUCAGCAUCAACAAAAUAGUAAUAACAAUAAUACAACAAGUACAACGAUAGACAUAAAACUAGGUAAUAUUAAUACCAAUAGCAAUAAUAACAACAAGAAUUCAACGAAUAUUGCUAACAAUCAUGGUGAUUACAAAAGUAGUCAACUAAAUUCACAAAGCGGUGGAUCAACUACUCCAAAUGAUGAUACUACUACAAGUACAGAUUUAGAUGAGAUGUUGAAAAAUCCAAACGUUAAUAUGAGUAAUAACAGUGAUCUUUCUUUAACAAACGUAUCAACUGGAAAUACUGAACAGAUUGAUGUUUCAAAUAAAAAUGACCCAAUGGCAAAAGUCUUACUUUUAGGUGCUGGUGAAUCUGGUAAGUCAACUAUUUUGCAACAAUUAAAAAUUUUACAUCAAAAUGGUUUCAGCGAUAAAGAAAGAAUAUCUUAUAGAAGCGCUAUUUAUGAUAACUUGACUGAAAUAGGAAGAGAUCUGAUAGGUGCCCGUCAAAAGUUUAAUCUACAAAUUGAUAGUAAUUCAGAUUUAACUCAAGAAGAAAUUGAUGAUUUCUUACAAUUCGCAUCAGAAGCAAGUCAACCACAAUUUGAAUCUAUGACACAAUACCCAUUGAAAUAUUCUAAAACUUUGAAUAGAGUUUGGAAAUUGACUUCAACUCAAAAUUUAAUAAAUUCUCCCGACAUUUCAAAAGUGUACAUAAUGGAUUCUGCAUCUUAUUUCAUGGAUAAUAUCAACCGUAUCUCAAAGAAAAAUUAUAAUCCUACGGAUCAGGAUAUUUUAAGAUCAAGAGAAAGAACCUCAGGUAUUUUUGACACAGUUUUAAAUUUGGAUUCUGAUCUAAAAAUUCACAUCUACGAUGUUGGUGGUCAAAGAUCAGAGCGUAAAAAAUGGAUCCAUUGUUUUAACAAUGUAACGUUGAUUAUUUUUUGCGUCUCUUUAUCAGAAUAUGAUCAAUUCCUUAUGGAAGAUAGAUCCCAAAACAGAUUCCAGGAAUCAUUGGUGUUGUUCGAUAAUAUCGUAAAUAGUAGAUGGUUUGCUCGUACUUCAGUGGUUCUUUUCUUGAAUAAGGUAGAUUUAUUUGCAGAAAAAUUGAAAAGAGUGCCGCUUGAAAAUUAUUUCCCUGAUUAUACCGGUGGUCAAGAUAUAAAUAAGGCUGCGAAAUACAUCUUAUGGAGAUUCGUUCAAUUGAAUAGAGCAAACUUGAAUAUCUACCCUCAUGUCACACAAGCUACUGACACAUCAAAUAUCAAAUUAGUAUUUGCUGCUAUUAAAGAAACGAUAUUACAGAAUAAUUUGAAAGAUAGUGGUGUUUUAUAA